GUCCCUGUCGCAAUCGUAGGGAUGGCGAUGAGGCUACCGGGAGGAGUGACCAACGCAAGUGACUUCUGGGAACUGCUGAUAAACAAAAGAGAUGGCCUUUGCCGGGUACCCGGGAAUCGGUACAAUAUCGACGCCUUUUACCAUUGUGACGGGGUUCCCGGGACUAUUCGAACCGAACACGGGUACUUCUUACAACAAGAUAUCGCUCAGAUGGACACCGGUUUCUUCAGCAUGUCCAAGGUAGAGGCCUCUAAAUUGGAUCCCCAGCAGAGAUUGCUACUGGAGGUGGUGUGGGAGUGUAUGGAGAACGCGGGUCAGACCCAUUGGCAAGGAACCAACAUGGGCUGCUAUGUGGGCAAUUUUGGUGAAGACUGGCUAGACCUAGCCAGCAAAGACACUCUGGCCAUUGACCGUUACCGCGUGAUGGGAACGGGGGACUUCGCCCUUACCAACAAUGUCUCCUACCAAUAUGACCUGAGGGGUCCCAGCGUUGUCUUUCGGACGGGCUAUUUAUCUUCCAUA